AUGGCCGGUAGCAAUUACACAACAGAUGAAAAAUUGGGUUUACUUGUUGACAGCGAAGAAGAAGAAAUCUUUAAUGCGCAAGAUGAAGAACUUCAAAAGAAAAAGGAUUUUACACUAUACGAAGAUGCAAUUGAAGCAACAGGCAAUGGUCGAUAUCAUAUUCUGCUAUUAAUAGUGUGUGGCUGGGCUGUAUCAAGUGAUGCCAUUGAAAUCCUUUCCUUGUCUUUUGCUCUACCCCCAGCCAGCUGUGACAUGCAACUGACAGCAGUAAUGAAAGGAUGGCUCAAUGCAUCAAUGUUUAUUGGAAUGCUUAUUGGUGGCUAUCUGUGGGGCAGCCUGGCAGAUAAGAUUGGACGUCGAAAAGUAUUACUUGGAUCCUUAACAAUCAAUGGCUUGGCUGGCCUUGCUUCAAGCUUUGCCCAGAUCUACUGGCUUUUUCUCUUAUGCAGACUUAUCAGUGGAAUUGGGGUUGGUGGCAGUAUGCCUGUGGUGUUCACAUAUUUUUCAGAGUUUCAGUCCAAAAAAAGGCGUGGAGCAAUGAUAUCAGCCCUUGCCACAUUUUGGAUGGGAGGCAACAUUAUUGCUGCUGGACUUGCAUGGGUAGUGAUUUUGUAUAGCAGAGUCAACGUUGUCCUUCUUGACUUCUCCUAUAGCAGCUGGAGACUCUAUUUGUCUGUAUGCACUCUGCCCAGUCUCACAUCCGUCCUCAUCUUCCUGUUGAUGCCAGAAAGUCCCAAAUUCUUGCUGCUGAAUGGUAAAGAACAAGACUCAUUGUUGGUUUUAAGAAAAAUUUACAUGGUGAACAAUAGGACCAGUUCAUUGGCAGAUUUUCAAGUGAAUUCCCUUAUGCUCUAUGACAGUGACUCAAAAGAAUCUUCAGCAGAACAGAAAAAAUUAUUAGAAGUAAAAAGAACUCCUUCAAAUUUUAAGAACAGUAUUUUUACUAUGCUACAAUCAACCAGGGAAAUCUUCCAGAAACCUUUAUUGCAUAACACCUGUGUCUUAUUGGCUAUUAGUUUUACCCUAUCAUUUGGUUAUUACGGCUUGUGGAUGUGGUUUCCUGAGAUCUUUAACAAAAUUGAGAAAUAUGGAGGCUCUGUGUGUGUCCCUGGAAAGCCUCAUAACUUAACAAAUAACACAGUAACAGAAUGUACACCUCCAAACAAUAAUAUCUACUUUGAUGGAUUUCUUACAGCACUAUCAAAUUUACCUGGGAACAUCUUCACUAUUUUUCUUAUGGAUAAAAUUGGUAGAAAAAUUUUACUUGUGAGCAGCAUGGUGAUAUCUGGAGCCAGUGUCUUUUCAAUUUUAUUAAUAAGUAACCGAACAACCAACCUCAUUGUAUCUUGUGUGUUUGGUGGUGUCAGUGUCAUUGGAUGGAAUGCUCUUGAUGUAUUAAGUACUGAGCUCUUCCCAACAAAAAUCAGGUCCACAGGAAUUGGAGUACAGUCAACAGCAAUGCGACUUGGUGCAAUCACUGGCAAUUUGGUGUUUGGCAAUUCACAAAAUAUACAAGCUAAAAUAUUUGACUUUCUUGAUACUGAUUUGUAUUUUUUAUUGUCACAAAGUAGUUCUUUUUACAUAUACAUUGCUGAUACUGCUGUUAUUCUUCUUUUUUCUUUUCUUUUUCUUUCUCUUUUCCUCUUACUUUCUUUUUUCCUUUACUUUCUUUUUUCCUUUUCUUUCUUUUUUCCUUUUUCCUUGCUCUUAGCUUUGAUUGUUAUUCCUCCGAUUAAUUUUCUUCAUAUCUAUCUUCUCUCAUCUCUCUUCUUACCUCUUUUGAUUCCAUCCAUAACCCUCUCUCUUUUCAAUAUUCUUGUCUCCCAAUUGCUUUUUCUGUUUAUCAUUCCUUUCCUCCUCCUCCUCUCUUUCUGUCUUAAAUUCUUAUCAUCCCCUUCCUUGAAAUAA